UCAACGAGCAUCGAAAGACUAGAGUUUUAUCCUUUUUUUUUUAAAUAGACAAAGACUUUCAGAGUUCAAAAACUGGCAACUGAACUCUUGACUUUUAACUGGAUUUUGCAUUUUAACUGGUGUGUAUCAAGUUGAAUAACUGCAUUGCCAAAAGAUAUAAAAUCGAAAGCACAACGUGAUGGCUUUUGAAAAGGAAAAGCAACGGUUGUUGCAGACAUCUCGUCGUAGUGGCUACUCAUCAAUUCGAGGCGAUUCCCGACCACAGAAACAAGCGAGCAACGGCAAAGAUGAUUUUGCUGUUGCUUUUACAACAACUCAACCAGCUACUUAUUCGUGGGAAAAUAUUGAAAUCUAUUUGGAAACAAGUCAAGGCAAUUGUUUCAAACGAUCACCACCAGUUCAAAAACGAAUUCUCGAUAAUGUCACUGGAUGUGUCCGUCCUGGAGAAUUUCUGGCCAUCAUGGGAGCAAGUGGAGCUGGAAAAACGACUCUUCUAAAUUGCCUAACAUUCAGAAACACUGGCAAACUCAAAAUACUCGGCCAACGAUUCCUCAACGGAGAAACUGUUAACACGGACACAUUGGCCCGAAUUUCCGGCUACGUCCAGCAAGACGACCUAUUCGUCCCUACGCUUACAGUCAAAGAGCAUCUACAAUUUCAGGCUCUUCUAAGGAUGGAUAAAUAUUUAACGUACAGCGAAAGGAUGACUCGCGUUGGACAGGUAAUUCAUGAGCUAGGACUCACUAAAUGUGAAAACACUGUUAUUGGCAAUCCGGAAAGAGGAAUCAAAGGCAUCUCGGGAGGCGAGAGGAAACGAUUGGCUUUCGCCUCAGAGGUUUUGACUAAUCCUUCAUUGAUGUUUUGUGAUGAACCCACCUCAGGAUUAGAUUCUUACAUGGCACAGAACAUUGUUCAGGUGUUGAAAAACAUCGCAUCGACGGGCAAGACAGUUGUCUGCACGAUUCAUCAACCAUCAUCUGAGGUCUUUGCUCUUUUCGAUCGAAUCCUUUUAAUGGCCGAAGGUAGGACUGCCUUUCUCGGUCCAGUCAGUGACGCUCUUUCUUUUUUCUCAUCCCAAGGAUUGCCCUGCCCACCCAAUUACAACCCAGCUGAUUAUUACAUCCAUACGCUGGCCACAGUGCCCGGCCAGGAAAUAGAAUCGAGAAAAAAGAGCAAAGAGAUCUGUGAUGCUUACGAAUCAUCACAGUCUGGGCAGCAAAUUUUAGAAAUUGUUAAAGCCAAUCGUUCUCUUAAAUUAUCGGAAAGUCAAGAAUUUCAUCUGGAUGAAGUGAAUGUUAGAAAAUCCCCAUACAAGGCCUCAUGGGUCGCUCAAUUCCGCGCGGUGUUUUGGCGAUCCCUCAUUUCCGUCCUCCGCGAGCCAGCAGUUUUAAGAGUCAAAGCUUUCCAAACAAUUUUUAUAUCAAUACUCAUCGCUCUGAUCUACCAAGGACAAACACUUCAAUACGACAAUGUGCGCAACAUCCAGGGAGCCCUUUUCAUUUUCUUGACAAACAUGACAUUUCAAAAUGUCUUCGGAGUUGUUAACGUAAUUACAAGUGAACUGCCGAUAUUUUUACGAGAACAUUUCAAUGGAAUGUACCGAACGGAUAUUUACUUUCUGUGCAAAACCCUCGCUGAUUUGCCUGUCUACGUUGUUUUCCCGUUCAUUUUCGUCACCAUUCCGUACUACGCCAUAGGAUUAAAUCCGGAAGCUGAAAGAUUUUUUAUCGCUUGCGGCAUUGUCAUCCUCGUUGCUAACGUAGCAACAUCAUUCGGCUACAUGAUUUCAUGCCUAGCUGGCUCAACACAAGUCGCACUUGCGAUGGCUGCCCCCCUUAUUAUUCCUUUGCUGCUAUUCGGUGGUUUUUUCCUGCAAAACGGAGCAGUGCCUAUCUAUUUUGACUGGAUGCGAUACAUCUCUUGGUUCAUGUACGGCAACGAAGCGCUUUCUAUCAAUCAGUGGGUCGGCGUCCGCUUCAACGACACAGUCUGUCCUAACGGCGUUUGCACAGGAGAACAAAUAUUGAAAAAUUUCGAUUUUGAUCCGAAUUUAUUCUAUCGUGACAUUGGAGGUCUAUGCGGAUUGAUUGUCGGUUUCCGCUUUUUAGCAUUUUUCGCAUUGCUGAGCAAAACUUACCGCAAAAAUUAAAUUUUUAUUUCCUUUUUUUUAUCGAGUGCAAAUUUACUUCGAGUCAAUUAUCUCCCUUUUUAAUAAUGACGAACCCACCCAGCCUCCUCAUUAUUUAA